AUGACAACAAUCUUGUUGGUGCGAGAUUCUGUAUCAUCUCAUGAAUUUAAUAUUGAGCGAGUUUGUAAAGCUAAAGAAUUAUCAGCUUGUGCACAUAUUAUCAAACAAGCACUAAGACGAUACACAAAUUUGGAAAAAGCUUUCAAUUUGUCUGAAGAAUUUCGAGAAGAUGCUCAAAUUCAAUCGAGUAGCUGGGAAGAUAUCGCAAAAGCUUUAUUGGAUGGAUUUUCUGAUAACGUAUUUGUAUCUAUGAAAAUACUUCAAGGUAAAGCGCAACAAUUUUUAAAAUAUAGUAUACAACAACGAACAUCUGACACACAGCAACAACAGUCAGAAGACACACCUACAAUUGCCGUCAUAGAUAGAUCAUCAAUUCUUCGAACAGGAAAUAAAGGGACUCUACCAGCAUCAUUGAUUUUAGCUCGAGAUAUACGCUAUUUGACAGCUGUUCGUUCGGCAGCUAUUCUUUCUUUUAUUGGCAAAAUUGAACAACCAUGGUUAACAUAUAAUUUUACACGCAUCAUGAAAUUGAAUACAGUUGAGGAACAAAAAUUAAACACUGAAAAUAUAUUACAACAAGCAAUUCAAAAAUUUCCUCAAAUUCAAAUCCAAAAUCGUGAUAGUAAAUUAGUAUUUCGUGGUCCUUCAGGUUAUAUUUUAAAUGCGGAACUUUUCAUUCGUCAACAAUUAAUGACUUUAAUAACAUUCAACUUAGAAUCUGAUGAUCCGAAUAAUCCUAAUCAUAACUUAACUAGAAAUUUGAAGAGUAUUACCAAUAUGCCUAUUGAUCUUUUUGGUCCUCUACGAUGGCGAUGGGAAGCCGAACAACAAGUAAAAAUUCAAACUAAAAUGAAUGCUAAACAAGGAACAAUUACUGUAAAAGUUGAAGGCAUCGAUUCACAAAAUCAAGCUGUCAAGAAAGAAUUCAUGUCGUUUCUAAGUUGGCUAUGCAGUUGUGCAGUAAUUCGAAAUCCACAGUCAGGUAAGUCUGCGCAUCAAUUUAUUAAAAUUGAUCUUAACAAGAUAGAAAUAAGCAAAUAA